CAUACAUUCCGCGUUGGCUACGGCUACAAGGAAGUGCUGAGCCGAGGCGACGACUACUGAGUCAUCUCCUCCUCAAGUCAAAUGAGCGGUGAUGUGAGGAGCGUGGGCAGGGGACUGAGUGGCUAGUGGAGAAGAAGGAAGUCUUAUGAGAGACAUUGGGGGAGUGCAGACCUCCUUUCGUCUACGUCUCGGUUGGGGACUCAAAAGUUGAGGGCAAUGGUGUGCCCUAGGCUCCAUACGCGGAUGGUUUCGCCUCGUGACGUGAGAUCCUUGAAGCGGUGUAGGCGUGCUUGCUAGCUUUUCUGAGCUGGAUUACUUUAUCUAUGUCCUUUCCGAGGUCAGCCAAGCUAGCUAGCGCAACUAACACUACUUUUGAGCAGCUCACGAGACAGCACAAGCGCGUUUCUUUUCGUCGUAUCGAGGACAAUGUCAUCUGCAUGUUUCGGGAAAAAAAAAAACAAAAAAAUUUCAAAAGAACAAACAAACGCCUGUACAAGUUGCGUGUGCGCGGAAAGGUGGUGGUGGCGGUAGCUCUCAGAUGGCGCAGCUACAGCCGUAGCGCGCGGUAUGGACCAGAUCAACCCAGUGCGGAGUUCGCUGGUGCACCUAUUUGUGGUCUCGAUGAUUACGAUCACAACACUCACAACUUGGCUUGGUCACAAAGCCCAGUUGCAUGCCAAACUCGGUCCAUAGGCUUCUCGGGUGCUCUGAGCUUGGGCAAGAGGAAGCCAGCCGGCUCGCCUGGCUUGGAUCCAAUUAUGACUCCCGUGAGCGGCUACUCAAGACUGAUCCUCGGGUCGCGUAUGCGAUCUUCGAGAACCUUCCAGCACAAUCAUGGCGGCGAGUACCUGCUGUACCGGUAUCACGAACGACGCGCACGCGCACGCGAAUGAUAUGCUGCGACCUGCGCGUCUGAGCGCGCGCGCGGGUAAAUGUAGGAACCGAUGUCGAUGAAGCCUCUUCCAUCAUCGUGGGCACCAUUGACUCCGAUUCACAUUCCGUGAUUGCUUGAUUCGCGAGCACGACUCCGAUCAAUCGAGCAUCGAGCAUCGACGAGCUUAAUCCUCGAGUCGGAGCAAUCGAGCAUUCGAGCUGCCUACAGGUAGGAGAGCCAGCGGU